AUGAAGCUAUUGGUCACGAUAUCGUUGCUCGCUGCUGUAUGUACUGCUGUGCCUGAUGGAUAUAGAGCUCCCGGAUCCUCUACUGCAGGAUUUUCUAGCGGAGGAGGACUCUCUGGUGGAGGAGGAUUCUCUGGCGGGGGUGGAUUCUCUGGUGGAGGUGGAUUCUCUGGUGGAAGUGUAAUUUCUGCUGGAGGAAGUGGAUUCUCUAGUGGAGGAGGUUUCUCAGGUGGGGGAGGAUUUUCUGGCGGGAGCGGAGGAUUCACCAGUGGAGGAUUCUCAAGUGGAGGAGGAUUUUCGAGUGGAGGAUUUUCUAGCGGUGGAGGAUUCUCUGGCGGAGUUGGAUUCGGAAGUGGAGGAGGAUUUUCUAGUGGCGGCGGAUCGGGCAGAGGAUGCGGUCCUGGAACGGUCCUACAUGUGGACGGGUCCUGUGUCUCUCCAGUAGUAUCAAGAAAAGUGUACGUCUACGACGCCCCUGCACAACCGUCCAUUCCAAGUGGUCCACCACCAAGGAUUCCACCGCCGAGGGUUGAUCACAAUAUCCUGUUUGUUCGUAUUCCGGAGGGAGGCGCAGGACCUGAGCCGAUUGUUAUCCCACCACCGAGGCAAGAGAAUAUCGUGUACGUCCUUAAUAAGGCCAGUGGAGCAGGAGGACAACAAGUCAUCGAAGUACCAGCUCCUCCUGCUUCUAGUCCAGAAGUGUUCUUCGUCAACUAUGCAGAAGGAGAAAAUCCUCAACUCCCUAGCGGUGUGGACCUCCAGACAGCCCUCCAAGCAGCUUCCAGUGGAGGAGGACAAGUCAUCGGUGGCGCCGGAGGUGGUGGUUCAGGAGGGGGAGGCUUUGGAGGCGCAGGAGGACUGGGUGGCGGAGGAGGAUUGGGAGGUGGUUUUGGCGGUAGUGGAGGAUUGGUAGGUGGCUUUGGCGGCAGUGGAGCAGCCGGAGGUGGAUUUGUUGGAAGUUCGGGAGGCGGAGGAUUUGGCGGUGGGGUAGGACAAGCAGGAGGAGGAUUCGUAGGUAGCUUUGGAGACAGCGGAGAAAUUGGAAUCAGCGUUGGCUCCGGUGGUGGUCACGUUAGUGCACCAUCAAACACAUAUGGAGCUCCUUAAGGCAAUUGUUAGUGGAAACGCUGUCCUUUUUGGAGCAUCAGGAGAGAUGACUUUCAUAUGGAAAACAAAAGAAUGAAUUCUUGUUUUUGUUGAUAUUGUUGUUACAUUUUCUAAUGAUAUGAAUAAAAUGAAAU